UGUCCGUCUAGUACUUCAGCAUGCUUUUUUUCCUGCGAGAAAUAUAAAAUCCAAUACUUAUAUACGAUUCGCAUGACAGAAAUUGGUAGCAAAACAUGGGGGAAACUUUGCUGCGUCAAUGGAGUUUGAUUCGAUCCAUAAUUGCCAUCCUUCAAUGGUGGUUCUUCAAUGUUGCCGUCAUCAUCAUGAACAAGUGGAUCUUCCAGAAACUGGAUUUUAAGUUUCCCUUGACAGUAUCUUGCAUUCACUUUAUUUGCUCGGCUAUUGGGGCAUAUUUAGUAAUCACAGUCUUAAAGCUUAAGCCAGUUAUUGUGGUUGACCCUGAGGAUCGCUGGAGAAGGAUUUUUCCCAUGUCAUUUGUCUUCUGUAUCAACAUUGUAUUAGGGAAUGUGAGCUUGAGAUACAUCCCCAUUUCCUUUAUGCAAACCAUAAAGUCAUUUACACCUGCAACUACAGUUAUUUUGCAGUGGCUAGUAUGGGGAAAGCACUUUGACUGGCGAAUCUGGGCUUCUUUGAUUCCCAUUGUUGGAGGAAUUCUCCUAACUUCAGUCACCGAGCUUAGUUUUAACAUAUUUGGGUUCUGUGCAGCACUAGUUGGUUGUCUUGCUACUUCUACCAAAACUAUUCUUGCUGAGUCUCUGCUGCAUGGGUACAAAUUUGACAGCAUAAAUACGGUAUUCUACAUGGCUCCUUUCGCAACAAUGAUCUUGGCAGUACCAGCUUUAGUAUUAGAAGGAUCCGGGGUCAUUGAAUGGCUAAACAGUCACCCCAUACUUCUUCCGUCAUUUGCUAUCAUUUUUGGCUCUGGAGUGCUGGCAUUCUGCCUCAACUUCUCUAUCUUCUACGUCAUCCACUCUACAACUGCUGUCACAUUUAAUGUUGCUGGAAACCUUAAGGUUGCAGUUGCGGUUACUUGCUCAUGGUUGAUAUUCAGAAACCCGAUUUCAGCCUUGAAUGCCAUUGGGUGCUCGGUGACACUGAUAGGAUGUACAUUCUAUGGGUACGUGCGACAGCUGAUCUCGCAACAAACACAGGAGACUCCGCGUACUCCCAGAAGCAAGAUGGAGACGAUUCCAUUGGUAAAUGAUAAAUCAGAAAAUAACAAAGAUAAAAUGUAGUCCUUAAAGUCUAUGCACAAGUCUUGUUUCUAGGAUGAUUAUGGGUAUAGAAAUACCUAAAUGAGGUUCCCCUUCUAUUUUUAUUUUAUUUUUGUUUGUAAUAUUCCUAUAAUUCUUAAUUAGGUUAGUUUUGUCAGCUUAAUUUUCCAGUUUAAGUUAUUGUAUUUUUAUGCUUGCUUUAAUUUGUUUUUGAUUGAUCA